ACGAUAGGUCUGAAGCUACUACUGAUUCUGAUGAUUCUGGUGCUAUUAUAUGGCCAAUUAUUUCUGGUGCUAGCUUUCUUUCUUGGAUGUUACUUGAAAAAAACAAUAAAACUGGAAAUAUCAUUUGUUGGUGCUUCGAGUGUGAAUACUCUGGAGAUCCAAAACCAAAACAUAAUAUUGAUCAUAUUCAAGCUCGACAAACAUCUUCAAAAAAACACAGUGCCUAUGAGCAUAAUCAUAGCCUUAUACCACAUUGUGAGGAAUUUGUAUCAUCUUUGCGACGACUGUCACAGGACAUUUUAGAUGAAAUUAAGUUUAUGACCCAAAAAUGUGAAUAUAAUGCUAGACAGCAAAGACG